AUGACGCAUGAUGCUCAGGCAGCUUUGCGAAGGAUCAUGGAGGAGUUCGUGCAUGUCACGCGCUUCAUCAUCAUUUGCAAUUAUGUGUCCAAGAUCAUCGAGCCCUUGCAUUCUCGAUGCUCCAAGUUCCGGUUUCAGCUGGUGGGUGCCGAGUUCCAGAAAACCCGACUCCUCCACAUCUGUGAAAAGGAGAAAGUGGCGGUGAGCCCAGGCGCACUUGAACAGCUGAUCUUCCUCUCCAAGGGAGAUAUGCGGUGUGCUGUAACGAUGCUCCAGACAGCCGUCCAAGUCUACGACAAGGUGGACGAGGACUCGCUGGUUGAGGUCUUUUGCGCCGUUCCCGAUUCCAAGACACGGGAGCUGCUGGCCCGUUGCCGGUCCUCCCAGACGACGGAGCAGGUGCUCGAGGCGGUGCGAGACUUCCUCCUCGAGGGCUUCUCGGGGCUGCAGGUGAUGGAGCAGUUGCAAGAGCUCCUGGCAGAGGACGUGUCGCUCCAAGACGCAGUGAAGGCCAAGUGUGCCGUGCUCUUCUCGCAGGCGCGGCGAGUCGAGAGCAGGAGCGUGUUUGAAGAGCUCCAGCUCUUCGAGCUCUUCUCCAACCUUCGGCCGCUCAUUCAGGACUGCGCCGCGUCACAAGUGCAGUCCGAGCCUGUAGCUCCCGGACGCAAACAGCGUCGAGAACUGCACUCAGGGUUAGGCCAAUGUAGGACCAAAGUAGGAACUUCCGUUUGGGGACCUGGCUGUCACACAACAGGUGUGACUAGUAGCGGUGAGUCAGCGCGGAUACCGGAAGCUCACAGGUGA